AUGGCGGUGGAGACGCGCUUCUUUGCGGUCGGGGUCUUGACCCACUGGCGGCAUGCAAAGGCCGUGGCGGAGGUGAUCGGGAAAGAAGAGCCCUCGCGGAGGCCCUUCGACACCCGGAAGGCGACAAAGUCCUUCAAGAACAGUCUCGCAGCCUUCGUCUUCUCCGACGACACCCCGCCCUUCGCCACAAUCAGCGUGGUCGCAGCCUCAUGGUACUCGGCGUCAGUCGAUUGGGAGACUGUAGCCGUAGCCGCCCGGCGUGGACCAUCAGCUACCAUCAGAGUCAUCCUCCUCCUCCUCUCCCCUCUCCCCGCCGCGCCGCUCGCCGGCCGGCUCCACGCCCGCAACCGCCACGCGGCCGGCUACGACAUCGAGCGCCUGGCGCGCUCGUUUCCCUCGCUGCGAGAGCACGUGAUACCCGCGAGCGGCCCUCGCGCUCGCGCCACCAUCGACUUUGCCCGUCCCGGAGCCGUCGGGGCGCUCAACGCGGCCCUCAUUGCCGUCGAUUACGGGAUCCGCGGCUUUGCGCUGCCCGACGGCCGCCUGUGCCCCGCGGUCCCCGGCCGCGCAGACUACCUGCACGUGAUCGCCGACCUGCUCGCGGCCGACAACGGCGGCGGCGUGCCGCGCGGCCCCGCCGUCCGCGGCCUCGACAUCGGCGUGGGCGCCUCGUGCAUCUACCCGCUCCUCGGCCACGCAGAGUACGGCUGGUCCUUUGUCGCGAGCGACGUCGACGAGAGAUCCAUCUCGUCGGCGUCCGCCAUCGCGCGCGCCAGCCGCACGCCCGUGGAGCUGCGGCUGCAGCCGCGCGGCGAGCGCGUGCUGGCGGGCGUGCUCGGGCCGCUCGACGGCCGCGUCGCCUUUACGCUCUGCAACCCGCCCUUCUACUCGUCGGCCGCCGAGGAGGCCGCCGCCGCCGCGCGCAAGUGGAAGGGCCUGCGGAAGGGCCGCGCCGCGGGGGGCCUCGGCGGCGCUCGCUCCUUUGGCGGCAGCGACGGCGAGCUGUGGUGCCCCGGCGGCGAGCGGCGCUUCGUGACGGCGCUGGUCCGCGAGAGCGCCCGCGCGCCGCACGCCGCGCUCUGGUUCACCUCGCUCGUCUCGAGCGGCCGCUCGCUGCCCAAGCUGCUCGCGGAGCUCUCCAGGGCCUCGCCGGCGCGCGUGGAGCAGCUCGGCGUCGCGACCGGCAACAAGGCGAUGCGCGUGCUGGCGUGGAGCUUCCUCGAGGACGCGCAGCGCGGCGAGCGGCUGGCGGCCAUGCUCGGCGGCGGCGGCGGCGGCGGCGGCGGCGGCGGCGGCGGCGGCGGCGGCUCGGGCGCCACGCUUGAAAGCGGCCGGCCGGCGCCGCGCCGCCGCGGGGCGGCGCGGCGCUCGCCACGCACGGCGCCGGCCCUGCGGGCGACGCGGCGAGCGUGCGGCUUCGCGUUCGGCGGGGCGCUGUCCCUCGGCCGGCCAGAGCGCGCUCGCGCCGACCUCGCCUCUGCUGGCGCGGGUGGCCUGCCGCUCGUCGGCCGCUUCGAGCGGCUCCAGGGCGCCAACGCCUUCGUCGGCCGCUGGAGGCUCCGCUGCACCGACGGCCCGGCGGGCACGCUGAGCCUGCUGCGCGACGGCGACGUGGAGCUGCGCUCGGAGGCGGGCGAGCUGCUGGGCACGGGGGUCGCCCCGUGGACGUAUAGGCAGCGCGAAAAGGGCGCGUCGACGGUGCUCGUCCGCUUCUCGGUCGACGUCUCAGGCGGCGAGUGGGACGUGCUCUACUUCACGGGGGCAGUGGACGCGGAGGGAGGGCCCGGUGCCGUAUAUGACGGCGCGAUGGAUCGGACUCGCAAGUACGUCCAGCUGUCGCGAGACAUCAUCUUUGAGGGCGAGAUGCUGUGGCGCCUCGACACGCAGAUGCUCCACUCGCACACCGGCUUUGAGCCGUACGCCAAGGAGUGGACGACCUUUGCCGACGAGCCGCCGCAGCGGCUGGUCGAGCCUUUGCAGAAGCCGCUGUCCCACGCCUGGCUCGCGUGGACGCUCCUCCGCUUGUGUAAUACCCUUUCGUGCAUGCUCUGUUCGUUUGACCCCUCUGUGUACUAG